UAGAUUAUUUUAACAAAAAAUAAAAAAAAAUCAUAGAAAUAUUAAUAUAAAAGAGUUUUAAAGUGCAAAUAAAAUGGUUAAAAAAAGUAAAAACUCAGCUGCUGAUGCAGUUUAUGCCAAAAAGGCGGUUAAAAAGGAAAAUCCAUUCGCUGCUGCCGUUCCAGCUACAUCGAAACGUUUGAAUCCCUUUGAAGUUCACAUGAACAAGGAGAAAUUCCAAAUUUUGGGAAGGACAUGUAAACACGACAGAGGUUUGCCUGGUGUGUCCAGGGCAAAGGCUGUUAAAAGGCGCAAGGAAACAUUGGGACAAGAAUUCAUGGAUAAGCAUAAGACUAACAAAUUUAAAGAUCGUCGUAUAGGCAGACAUUUAAAUGCCGAUCAAAUAGAUGAGGAAAUAAUGAAUGCCCGUUUUGUGGCAGACAAAAUGGAACGGAUGAAACAAACGAAACAAUCGCGUUUUAAUUUAAACGAUGAUGAGGUGCUGACACAUCGUGGACAAACAUUGGAAGAAAUCGAGCAGUUCCGAGAUGAAAGAUCUGAUGAUGAAGCAGAGGAAGAUCAAGGGCUGGAUGCUGAAUUUACGGAAGCGGCUCAUUUUGGUGGUGAUGAUGAUGCUGCAGCCAAAGAUCGUAAAAGUGCUAUAGAGGAAAUGAUUGUUGAACAAAAACGUCGGAAGGUGGAAAUUGCUAAAGAAAAAGAUGAGCUAUUUGAUUUAACUGAAAAAUUAGAUGCCAACUAUAAGAAUCUAAUGGGUCUAGUGGGCAAAAUGACUAAAAAUGAGAUGAAAGCAAAAGCAAAUCCCGACGAUUACGAUCGUUUAGCUAAGGAAUUGAUAUUUGAACCUAGAGGUGUUGUAACCGAUAAACUUUUAUCGGAAGAAGAUUUGGCUAAAAAGGAGAAAGACCGUUUAGAAAGGCUGGAACUAGAACGUAUGAAACGCAUGAGAGCUGAUGGCGAACAAGAUGAUGAAACUCAAAAACCUAAACACAGAUCUGCCGAUGAUUUAGAUGAUGGCUAUUUUGCCUAUGGUGAGGACGACGAAGUGGGCACUUUGACAUAUACUAUGGAAGGUACAUUGGGUGGCAAGCAACAAGAUAAUGAAGAAAACGGCGUUACGGAAGAAGAUGCUGCUGAAGAAGAAAGUCAAGAUGAAGAUGAUGAAAGUGCUGAAGGAGAAUCUUCAGAUGAUGGAGAGGAAGAUGAAAAUGAGGAUGAUUUAAGUGAUUUAAAAGUUACCGAUUCGGAGGUAGAUGAUGAUGAAGAAGUGGCAAAAAUAGCCUUAAAAGAGAAAACUGCAAACAAACUAAAGAAAAAAGAAAAUACAAUAAACGUUGAAAGAACUGAUCUUCCAUUUACAAUUGACAUGCCUAAAACGUAUAAUGAGUUUACAAAGCUUUUAAAUGAAUACAAACUUCAAGAUCAAGCAAUCAUAAUAGAACGUCUAAUUAAAUGCAAUCAUCCAAAAUUGGAAGGCGUAAAUCGUGAAAAAAUAGUUAAACUGUUUGCUUUUCUGUUACAAAUAAUAAAUGAAAAAUUCUCUGAUGCCAGUCAAGAAGAUAUACGGGAGCACUUUCAAUUUCUAUCUUCAAUAAUGCCACAUCUCUAUGAUUUGAUGCACUUGAAUCCGGAGAGAAUGUCUAAUACUUUGCUAGAUGUCAUAAAGGAGAAAUAUGCCGAAUUCAAAAAGAACUCUAAACAAUUUCCUUCAUUAGAAGUUUUGAUUUACUUGAAAUUGGUAUCAAAUCUAUGUUCAACAUCGGAUUUUAGACAUCCAAUUGUAACGCCUUGCUAUAUAUUUGUACAACAUAUUUUAUCGAAAUCGAGAGUGCGAAGCCGCCAGGAAAUCGCUAUGGGUCUAUUUUUAGUUACUUUAAGUUUAGAAUAUGGUCAAAUCUCUAAAAGAUUUUUACCAGCUGCCCUUAACUAUCUUUUGGGAAUUGUAUUCCUCAGUAUACCUAAAAGACCAGUGGAGAUUAUUAAAAUUCUACCUCCUUUCCAAAAUCAAGGAAUUCUUAGUAAACUACUGGCCAUACCUGAAGAUUCAAACGAUUUCAUUGAUAUUAAAGAAGAACCCUUAAAGGCUGAAGAUUUAGUAACACAAACAUUUUCCAAUGAUUUCAAAGUGAGAUCAUUGAAUCAGUGUUUGAAAUUAAUACAAGACGCCGUUGCAUUAGUGAAUGAAAAUGUUGGUUGCAACUUUUUAGCAACACCCCUAUUAGAAAUGUUGGAAAAAUUACCACUGAGCGCUUAUCCCGCAUAUGUAAAAGAGAAUUUUGAAAACACAAAAUUAGCUUUGGAAUCGCUAGCCAAAAAAACUCUUACAAAACUGGUACCCCCAGAAAAGAAACCGAAAGCAUUACGUCUAUUAGAACCUCGCAUCGAAACAGUGUACGAUGAUAAACGCCGUCCUAAGCUGACCGCCGAAAAAGAAGAAAAGGUUAAACUUAUGGCAAAAAUUAAGCGAGAAACUAAAGGUGCAAUACGUGAAAUACGUCGUGAUACUGAGUUCCUGCAGAAAAUGCGUAUAACACAACAAUUACAAAGUGACAAAGAACGUCGCGAAAAGGUUAAACGUAUUUAUGCCGAAGCCUCUCUACAGCAAGGCGAACUUAAUGCCAUGGACAGAGAAAAGAAAAAGAAGAAAUUUUAAAUCCUUUUCAAAUAACAAUAUGUAUAGAUUAUGUAUAGAAUUUUCUAAUAGUAAUAAAAUGUUUUAUUUUUAUAAAAAUAAAUUAAAAUUUCCUAAACUUAA